ACGGUGUCACUUUUUUUCGUUGAUGGCACCAGCAGGAAGCAUGCCGGCAAGUCAGACCGGUCAAGGUCAAGGCCGGAAUGUGGAGGAACUCAAAGGCCUCGUUGUCCACACUCUGGAGACAAACGGUGUUUUGGGGCAAAUUCGGGCCGAGCUGCGAGCGAAUGUCUACAAGGCCAUCGACUGCGACGAGGACGUCGGAGCUUCGUCGUCGGUGCGCUCCGCCAUGGCGCAGGCCAAGAUGACGAAAUCGCCAGUCGGACAGUUGAUGGCUGAGAUUGUGGCAGAGUUCUUUGAGUUCUACCAUUUCAGGCACACCCUUUCAGUCUUCCUGCCAGAAUCGCACCUCGGAAAGGAGCGCCGCAGUCGCGCAGAGGUUGCCGUAGAUGCUGGAUUGAUCCGCAUCCAUUCAGAGACAUCCAUCUUGGAGCAGCUCAUGAGCCUUUCAUCGAGCAGCUCACACAAGAUGAGUGAGGGAUGGCACUCCAGCGCCAGUUCCACUACUGCUUCAUCGCCGCCGCCACAGCUGCUUGCAUCAAUGGCCUCAACGCGUCAUUCAGCCUGGGAGACCACCGGAAAUGACACGCCGCCAGCAGGACAAGUGCGGCCUCAAGGUGGUGAUCGCACUCGAGACUUUAGUGGAGGGGCUGCUGUGGUGGAUGCCUUGAGUUCAGUAGUUGCUGGCCAUGAAGUGCACAAAGGAAUAUCCACACCGGAUGAAAAGAAAGAAGAGGCCCCAAAAGUCGAGGAGGAGCCGCACGAAGAGGUCCGUGAGCGUCGACGGACGACCGCACCACGCGGCAAACUGCCGGCUCUCUCCAGCGCAACUUCGCCACUGAGCAGCGGAAAGGAGCUUUUGCCCCCGCUGCGUGGUGUGGGGUUGGGAAGCAGUUUGGGUUCCCGCAGCGGCGGCAGUGCGGUCUCCGGGAUCCAUACUCCUGAAGAGGAGGUAUCGCUGGGUGAGCAGUCCGGCGGAGCUUUGAGCGAACCAUUGGAUGAGGUUGACCGGCAACUUGCCAGAUUAAAUCGGCCAACUGUCGGCAGAGUAGGCUUGGCUGCCGCUGCCGGGCCCUCUGUGCGGAAGAGGCCCGAUGGCCCUGAGGCUGCCACUGGUGCUGGUGAUUCAGCAUCAGACGAGUCUGGCUCAGGCGACAUUGAGCUGACGGGCAAUCGAGGCAAUGUUGGCAACAGCAGCUCAGGAAGCUCCUUGGCGGGUGGGCCUGUACGAGCUUUACCCUCUGAAGGUAGCGCCCAGGAUGACGGAUUGGAGGAAGUGGAGGAAUCCAUUGAGGAACUAUACAGCGGCGAGAUGGAAGCCUAUUCAGAGGGCAGUGGGGUCGGUGUCGGCGAUGAGUUUUGAGAGGCGCCCAGAGCGCAGAAAGGUGCAGAGACAGGUUGG